AUGGAUAUUGAAGACAAAAGCCUUGACUUGUACGAUGCCGCUGGAAACAGCGUAGAAGACUUCACUUCAAGUAGUAGGUCAGGUUCAGAUACAGCAAGUAACAGACGUGAUGAGGUACAGGAGAUCCGAAAUCAAUCUCGUACGGAAGAUCGUCGUGUCGAUCUGUGGCGGUGGACGCUACUCUUCCUAAUUCUGGCAGUUGGUGUUUUGAUCACCACUCUCACAUACCACUUCUUGCAGUUCGAGGAACAGAAAGCCCUCAACAUUGCGUAUGAUCAGUUCACCGAGGCACUUUCGGACGCUGCCAUCCGACAACAAGACGAUAUUCGUGAUGCCUCCCGUGCCUUUUCCGCGAUUAUUUCCGAUCAAGCAGCUUUAACGAAUCAGACAUGGCCCUUUGUGGCUCUGACAAAUUUCGAGUCAUUAGGAGAAGAUUUUCACAAGAUCUCUGGCACAGAGAUCGUAACAUUGCUUCCAGCUGUCACACGAGAAAACACUGAAGCCUGGUUGAACUUCACCGACAAGCAACAUGCGCCUCUAAUGAAACACAGUCACAUGUUGAGAUACAAAACCCUGGACAACAUGAUGGAAGUUGGCUACACGUCAUACAUCCAGAGGGCUACAUCCAACGGACUCGUCCCAGAUAUUGACCGAGACGUGUACUACCCACUAUGGCAGGUUUCACCCCCGAUGUUCACGUACGGAGCUAUAAAUUGGAACGCCAUUAGUCUUCCCGAUAUCGCUGCUAUGUUUGAUGCAGUGAAGGUACUGAAGUAUGAGCAAUUGGUAUCACCAGUCCAGCCAUAUGCCAUAGCUGGACUGUUCUCCGAGGAAGAGCACGCUCGUAUGCACAGUGCGAUCGAAGGAUCUUCUACCAAAUUUCCACACAGCUUCAUCUACACUCCGGUUCAUCUGGAUUCGCAAGAUUUCGACAGUCCCAUUGUUGCGAUCUCUAGUGCUGCGAUGGCUUGGGAUUUCUCCCUCCGUUCUCUUUUGCCAGUCGGCGUGGUUGGUAUUAAAGCAGUGAUCAAGAACUCAUGCAACCAAAGCUUUACAUAUGAGAUUAAUGGACCAGACGCCUUUUUUAUUGGUGAAGGUGACCUACACGAAGAAGAGUUUAACUCUUAUGAGCGCGUUGUCAGAUUGUCCCCGAACAGCCACCCUGACAUUCAAUCGAUAGGAGGGCACUGUCUAUACUCCAUGUAUAUUUAUCCCAACUCCAAGUUUGUCAGCUUGUACCUUACAACACUGCCUACUAUGUUUGCUAUUGGAGUGGCUGGGGCUUUCGGAUUCAUGGUUAUUGUUUUCUAUGUGUAUAAUCGGUUCGUCUACAAGCGGAACGAAAAACUUGUUGAGAACGCUGCGAGAUCGAAUGCCGUGAUUACGUCCCUCUUCCCAGAUACUAUCCGCAACCAGCUCAUCGGGGAUAGCAACACGAACAAUCCAAGAAGCUUCCAAGAGCUGUUAGGACCUGCUUCUGACCCUGUGGCAAACUUGACAAGACCGCCUCUUGCAGACUACUUUGCCACGGCAACUGUCAUGUUUGCUGAUAUCUGCGGCUUCACUGCUUGGUCAUCUGUCCGGGAACCAUCUCAGGUCUUCACUCUGCUAGAGACGUUGUAUGGAAGUUUCGACCGCCUAACAAAGAACUCCAAAGUUUUCAAAGUGGAAACAGUAGGAGAUUCGUACAUAGCUGCGACUGGUAUUCCAAAGUAUCAUAGAGACCAUGCGGUAUCGAUGGUCAGAUUUGCAUACAAGAUCUCGAAGGAAAUGAGCACGAUGACCAAAAUGUUGGAGACAACGCUUGGACCAGACACAUCCGAUCUGCUACUCCGCAUUGGUAUUCACACUGGACCCGUUACGGCUGGUGUCAUUCGGGGCGACAAGGCUCGCUUCCAAUUGUUCGGAGAUACCAUGAACGUGGCAUCUCGAGUUGAGAGUACCGGUGUCGCUGGACGAAUUCACGUUUCCAAGGAUACUGCAGACAGCCUUCGAAAAUGCAACAAAGGACAUUGGCUUGUCAAGCGCGAGAAUGGCAGUGUCGUUGCCAAAGGAAAGGGCGAUAUCCAGACCUACUGGAUCGGUAAAGGUGUCGAACAGGCGAAUAAACCCGAAUCAUUUGGGCAAUGCGAGACAGCUUCCGAAUCAGGCAGUUCUGUGUCCGCUGACGAUAGUGUCAUUGAUGGUCAUUUUUCGGAGAAGAUUGGUCACUCGGAAGGCCGCGAAGAUCGUUUAGUUGACUGGAAUGUGACAGUCUUCUUGGACAUUCUGAAACAUAUUGUCGCAAGACGCGAAGCCUAUGCCAAAGCUGGGAUCAACAGCAACUCGGAGCCUCGUUCGGAUGACUCUGAGGUCUUGACCAGGAUGAAGAUGAAUGACUGCAAGCCCAUCAACGGAGUUCGUGAGAUCAUCGCUCUUCCUGAAUUUAACGAUGUGGCCGAAGCAAUGAAAGUGGAUGUCCAAACUAUUGAGAUUCCAGCCGAUGUUACUGCCGAGUUGCGCAGAUACAUCGCAACCGUCGCUGGAUUGUACAGAUCGAACCCCUUCCAUAACUUUGAACAUGCAAGUCAUGUUACAAUGAGCGUUAUCAAGCUGUUGUCACGCAUCAAAGCUCCGUCGGACUUGGAGUUAAUGGAAGGGCACGGAGGCAGUGACGACAUUUCACAGGACAUUCAUGCUCAUUUGCAUGAUCACACUUAUGGAAUCACUUCCGAUCCACUGACUCAGUUUGCUUGCGCUUUUGCUGCUUUGGUCCAUGAUGUAGAUCAUGAGGGGGUCCCAAACGCGCAGCUCGUCAAAGAAGGAGCUGCUGUUGCCACCAUGUACAACGAACGAAGUGUUGCUGAACAAAACAGUUUAGUAAUAGCAUGGAACUUGUUGAUGAGCGAUCGCUUUACAAACUUACGAAACACCAUUUGCGCCACUGCCACCGAACUGAGCCGCUUCCGAGAAUUGGCAACCAACGCCGUCAUGGCCACGGACAUUAUCGACAAAGACUUGAAGCAGUUGCGAAACAAUCGAUGGUACAAGGCUUUCAAACGAGACAUUAGCUCGAUCGAUGUCCAUGAUUAUGAAGAAGAGGAUGAGACUCGUGACAGUAUCAACCGAAAGGCUACAAUUGUGAUUGAGCACUUGAUCCAAGCAUCAGACGUUAGUCAUACCAUGCAGCAUUGGCAUGUUUACCGAAAGUGGAAUGAAAAUUUGUUCCGAGAAAGCUACGCGGCAUACAUUGCUGGGCGAGCUGAUACGGAUCCAAGUAUCAAUUGGUACAAGGGGGAGAUCGGAUUCUUUGACUUUUACAUCAUCCCACUGGCGAAGAAGUUGGAAAGUUGUGGCGUCUUUGGCAAAUCGAGUGAUGAGUUUCUGAACUAUGCCAGGAGCAAUCGAGAAGAGUGGGAAAGCCGUGGUGAAUCGAUCGUUGCGGAGCUUGUGGCCAAUGUAAAGAAGGAUUUCAAAGAGCACAUAUAG